AUGGCUGAUUCUCCAUUUAAUUAUAAGUCAGUAACGAAUACAGAUAUGGAAUUGUUCAACAAGUAUAAGAAUUCUAUUAAUAGUGAAGUUCGAAAAAAACAUCCAUCAGUUCCAGCUAAUUUUGAGCUGAAACCAGUGCGUGUUCGUCAUAUCGAAGCCUGUGGCACGAUUCAUGAUUAUAAGAUCGCUCUACCUGAUAACAAAUUUGUCAAAAUUUCCUUUCUUACAGGCGCAUUGCAAAUGUACCCGCCAGGUGUAAAACCACCUGAACACCCACCGGAACCCACCAUCUCGGUUGACGAUCAAUUAACAUCAACAGCUGAUGAAUAA